GGUCUGUGUGUUACGUCAUCACUCACAUGCGGUGUUGGACAAGAAGAGGUGAAAAUAGGUAAAUGUGAUUUUUAUUUUUCUUGGGCAGAUAAUAGCGUGAUUUUGGUAACCUGCAAAGCGGAUUUUGCAAGGAUUGCACAGAGAAGGACAUAAUUUGAGGUUUUUAGUGACACAAGUGUACCUUUCCACAAGUCGGACGUUUUGACGUGUGGGUUACGUCUAACAAGUCCAGUAUUUCAGUCAUGAGGGACAGACUUGGACAUCUCCAGGCAGUAUCACUGUCUAAUGGCACUGCAGCAGAGCAUGAAACUGCCCAAGCUCUCUCUCCAUCAGAAAACACAGACUAUGAUGACCCUCCUCAGGACCCCAGCACCAACCCUGACAUGGAAGCUGUCUUUGAUGAGGCACAGGAGGCUCGUCGUCAAAUUCAGUACAUCCACCUGGAAGUAAAGCGUCUCAGGGAGCGAAACUCACAUAUUUUUACAGGUGCAGUCUGCUUUAGUGCUUCUGAUGCCUGUGACUCAAAUGCUAUUGCAGCUGACAUCAAAACACGUGGACAGGAGAUGCUCCUGCACCUUCGCAAGAUGGAUUCCCACAGGAAAGAGUUAGAGGAAAAGUAUGGCGUCAAUUCCCCCAUAACGAGAAUCGCCCGAACACAGUACGCCAGCAUUAGCAAUAGUUUCCGUGAUGCCAUGGUGGAGUACAACGACGCUGAGAUGAGCCAUAGGGAGUCCUGCAAGGCAUACAUUCAACGGCAGAUGGAGAUUGUGGGCCGAGAGGUCACAGGUGACCAGAUCGAAGAGAUGUUGGAGAGCGGUCAGUGGAAUGUCUUCAGUGAGAACAUGGUUUCAGAAGGUAAAACAGCACGGUCUGCACUCAUUCAGAUUGAGAGCCGACAUACGGAACUGCUACAACUAGAGAGACGCAUUCAGAGCCUUCAUGAGGUUUUUCUGGAUGUGGCCAUGUUAGUAGAAGAGCAGAGCUCAAUGAUAGACUACAUUCACACCAAUGUUCAGUCAACUGAGGUGGAGGUCAGGGACGUCCUUGUGAAGCUGGAGCGAGCCAAGAGACAUGACAGGAACAAUCCGUUUAAGAAAAUGUUCUUCUGGAAACGAUGACAUGGACACAGAUAUCACAAUGUCAGAAAUACAUACUAAGUGAUUCAGUUUUUUUUUGUUUAUGUUAGUUUUUAUGUUCCAGUUCCUUAUUUAGGCAAAUUUAUAUUAAUGUCCUGAAGAAAAAUAAACACACAUCGCACUAAUUUUGAACAUAGACUUCACGCUGAAAUAAAUCUAUUGGUGUUAUAAAUAUUUCAGUAGUUUGUAGGAUUUUUCACACCAGAAUUAUCUUAAAUACAUACAUUUUGUUUAUUAUAAACAUGCAUUUUUAAAGCUUGCAGUUUGCAAAUAACUCAUUUUGUGCCUUUGGAGAUUUGGAAAUCCUUUUUUUCUGUGGUUUGUACUUCAUCAAGUGUUUAUUCUUAUUUAAAAUGUAUUUUGCCAAUAUAACUACAUUUUUAGAUAAUAAGUUAAGUAUUGGGUGGUGGUUCGUUGUAAUGGAUCCAACUAUUUCAUGUGUACACAAAUCUUUUAUCAGCUGUAUCUUAUUUGGUGUGCAUUAAUUCAAAGUUUUGUAGCAUAUGUCAUAAAUAAGAGUGUAAUUUUGUUACCCUAAUUUGAUCCCAUGUGCCUACCUCGUGUGAAACGGGAUGUCCCCUGCUCACAACUAUUAAAAUAACACAUGCCAGGAUACAAAAAAUCUUUCUGACUUUGGAAAAAAAAAAAAAGUUGCUAUAAGGACGUUGUUAUAUAAUACUUUGUUAAAAUGCUUUUUUUCCCUUUUUUUAACUUUAUGCUUAUUAAAGAAUAUUAAAAAAUGUA